AUGGAAGUGAAUGAGAAGGCAAUUUGGAUUAAUGGGUAUGUAGCCUAUUCAUCCAGUUUCAUUCCAUUGAAAAAGGUUAAAGGGAUCCUUUUUCCUCCAGCAGAGGGGGAAAAUGAUGCAACUAAUGUCACAGAGGACAUCUGGAUGAAAUAUGCAGUUAAUGAGGAAGUUCUGCAUGAGGAUAUGGUCAUGCACCUGGACAUUCUCUUGACGGGUCCCGAAAUUUUCAUGGUCAACAGCUUGGUGAUGGGAUUUUGUGCCUUGAGAGGAUAUACGAAAGCUCUUACUGCUGCAGGAAGGAUUCUUCAUUCUGGUGUGAGCGGGGGAUUUAAGAUCCCUAUUGGCCAAGUAGUUCUCCUGCCUCAUUGCCCCUUGAGCAAUAUUGCACGAAUCAUCUUGGCUUUCUCACCCAACUCUGCAUUGAUGUCCCUCUACAAUGCUUCCAAGAUACCUACCAUUGGCUAUGCAGAUGGUUGGUGCAAUCGAGUUUGGAGUCGUAUGGCUGCUGUGAUGAAUGAAAGCUGGAGUCCUCUGAUCCAUGAUGCUGAAGAGGAACAUUGGGAGGCUCUGUUCUGCAAGUUGCCAGUGGAAGGAGGACCUUUCUCCUUUUGAAUUUUGCAGACCUCAUUUGAUUUCAAGAACCAGCUAUGAUUCGAUUUUUGACAUGACAUUGAUGUUCUAGUUCUAAUCACACUUGCUUCACCCCUCUGUUACUCACAUACCACCCACCCCAUAUAUUUCCCUAUCAUUUCUCAUCAUUUUUAAUGGGUGACAUGCACCAGAUCUGCUUAAAUUUAACUGACCCAUUUUCAUAAUGGGCGUCUAUGGGAAUGUUUAUCUUGGUUAAACUG